UGUUCCUGGCGCACCGCAUUCCGUAGCGCGUAGCUCCGGGUCUGGCGAAGGGCGCCUUCGCGGGGUCAUGCCGGGCAUGGGGUUUCUGAGCCGGCUGGGAACGCGGCUGCUGGCUGGAGGACGCCGAGGCUCGGUUCUCGUGGCAGCCGAGGCCGGAAUUGUGAAUAGGGAUUUGUGGUGUGUGAUAGCCAGGCAUAUUGUCAACAAUGUCACAUGGUGGAAUGAGCACCUUACAGAAGAGAAUGCCAAGUUCCUGAAGAAGUUAACACAAGAAGAAUUCAAAGCUCAAACAACUAAUAAAAUGUGUCCACUGAAGGAUGAGCCCUGGCCAUUGCACCAGUGGGAACCAGGGUCCAAGAGAGUUGGUGUGGUUGCAUUAAAGUUGGGAAUGAUGCCAUUGUGGACCAAGAAUGGUGAAAGACUUUCUGUCACAUUGCUUCAGGUUCAAGACUGCCAUGUUAUAAAGCACGUUCCAAAAGAAGAAGUUGAUGGAAAACACUCUUAUCUACUUGUGGGAGGAAAAAAUGUGUCUCCAUUUCAUAAAGGUCCGUCUUCACUGGCGAUAUACAGAGAAACUGGCGUUCCACCAAAACAGAAAUUGACAACAUUUAAAGUGUCAGAUAAUGCUAUCAUAAAACCAGGUACUCCCCUAUAUGCUGCUCAUUUCCGCCCUGGGCAACAUGUGGAUGUCACUGCAAAAACAAUUGGUAAAGGUUUUCAAGGAGUCAUGAAAAGAUGGGGAUUUAAAGGCCAGCCUGCCACCCAUGGCCAGACCAAAACACACAGGCGACCUGGAGCAAUUUCCAACAGUAAGGUCGGACGCGUCUUCAAGGGAAAGAAAAUGCCAGGACAGAUGGGAAACCAGUACAGGACAACACGUGGGCUAAAGGUCUGGCGGAUCAAUGUGAAGCACAACAUCUUAUAUGUUCAUGGUGCUGUUCCAGGUCACAAAAACUGUUUGCUAAAGGUCAGUGAUUCAGAUUUACGGAUUUACCGAGACUCCCGUAAGAGCCUGCCAUUUCCCACAUAUUUUGCUGAUGGGGAAGAAGAACUGGCCGACGAGCUGUACGAUGAAGAGGUUUUCCAGUUCACCGAGCCCUCCAUUGAAUUCACUUAGCAGCUGACAUCUUGAGGAAUGGGCGGCUUUCCCAUCAUAACUGUCAGCCGGAAAGUGCAAAACAGGAAGACCUUCCAGAAGUGCCCUCUGACAGCAACAGCCUGUCCACUCCCCUUUGGACGACCUGCUUUUUUUGGUCAGACAUGUUCAGUAUGACAGCAGAGUCUACAAUCACUUUGUAUUGUAGAAACCAGGAUGGCAAGAAACAAGGAGGGGCCAAAGAAUGAUGACGUCAGGAAAGGACAGUGAUGCUAGUUGCUGCCUCAUAAAAUUAACUCCCCUUCCCCUGUGCCAUCCAAAACGAUUGUUUUUGGAAUAUCUAUAAUGAUUGGACCACUUGCAUCAGUCCUUUAAAGAAAUUUAAUUUUUAAAAAAUUGUGUUUUUCUUCUUAGGAUAUUAAUAAAGGUAUUGUGCACAUAAA